GUUCAACAUGUUGUCCCUGUUAUCGGCCUUCAUUUAUUUUGUCGGAAUAUAUGCUCUUGCCGUAUUUAUUUACGAUAAUUUCAUAUCUGUGGUAUCCAUAAUCAAAUCAUUACUGCAGCCAUAUUUCCAACCUCAGCUACCGACAACUCUAGUGGAUAAAUACGGAAAAUGGGCAGUUAUUACGGGAGCCACCGAUGGCAUUGGCAAGGAAUACGCUAAAGAGUUAGCCAAACAAGGUCUUAAUGUGGUGCUCAUUUCACGUACCAAAGCCAAAUUGGUGGAAGUGUGUAAUCAAAUUGAAUCCGAAUAUAAAGUUAAAACGAAAUGGAUUGCAGCCGACUUUUCCAAGGGCAAAGAGGUUUACAGCCACAUUGAAAAUGAAUUGGCUGGUAUACCUGUGGGAAUAUUGGUUAACAAUGUUGGUAAAAUGUACGAUUAUCCCGAUGCCGUGGAAAAUGUACCCGAGGAUGUAUUAUGGGAUAUUAUCAACAUUAACAUUGGUUCCGUGACCAUGAUGACCCGUAUGAUAAUUCCCUAUAUGAAGAAACAGGGCAAAGGUAUUAUUGUGAAUAUUUCAUCGGGCAGUGAGCUGCAACCUCUACCUUAUAUGGCCGUUUAUGCUGCCACAAAACGUUUUGUGCGAACCUUUACCUUGGCCAUUGAACAAGAAUUGGCUGAACACAAUAUUGAGGUGCAGUGUGUAACACCAUUAUUUGUCGUCACCAAAAUGAAUCAAUAUUCCGAGACAGUAAUGCAGGGCAGUAUAAUGGUACCCAGUGCUGCAUCUUAUGCCCGUUCAACUGUAUUUACUUUGGGAAAAACUAAGGAGACAACGGGUUAUUGGUCUCAUGGUUUGCAGUAUUUCAUUAUGAAACUAUCACCCGAGAGAGUGCGAACCCGCAUUGGUGGCAACAUGUGCAAAAAGUUACGACAAGAAUAUCUGGAUUCAGUACGCAAAGAGAAGGCCAUCUAA